CGUAAAAUACGAUAUUUGCUCGCGCAAGUGUAGCUUCUCGCGAGGCGCAACGAUAAGCUCGUCGUGAUUUCAAAUCGAUUUUCACAUAAGAAAAAUCGAGAAUAGUCAACGGUGACUUUGCCUUACCGGGCCAAUUUCCGCACCAAGUCUCGAUUCAGUAUGUCACCGCCGACGACUGCACCUAUUUCGGCUGCGGCGGCAGCAUCAUGGACCAGUGGCACGUCAUAACCGCCGCUCACUGCGUCACGGACAACGUCACGCACGAGAUCCUCGACCUGCCCUGGACAGUAGUCGCCGGAACGGUGGACCUGAAGAAUCGCGGAGUCGCCGUUUAUCACGACGUUCACAUGGUUUUCAUACCAAAGUCAUUUAUGGACAAUAGCCCGGGAGAUUUGAAUCACGAUAUAGCAGUUUUGAGGCUGAGACGUCCGUUACCGCUCGGCAUCCAUCCCUACUUAGGAUCGAUUCAAUUACCCAGAGCAGAUCAGUAUUUACCACCGGAAAAUCAGACGGUGGUCAUGUCUGGAUUCGGUACUUACUACCAAUCUCGUCAACUGAAUGGCGACGUAACGUCGGGCCCGAUAAGUCAAUUUCUACGUUUCGCGCAAGGAAUCAUAAACGUUCCGGAUGCUUGGGGAUGCGAAGACUUUGAAGUAUGCGUCGAGUCAUUGGGAAGGAGACAAGGUUAUCUGCAAGGAACUUGCUACGGUGACAGCGGCGGUCCACUUUACGACGAAAAGACCAACAUUUUAAUCGGAGUCAUCAGUUACUUCAAUUACGCGGCAUGUGGAGACAUAGCCAGAUUUACAAGGGUGUCGGCUCAUCUGCCUUUUAUUGCUGACGUCAUAUUUAACAAUUUCGAUGUCACUGUAUUAUGGUGGAGGGAACUAUUACAUAAUUUGGAAGGAAUGUUUCCUCUUCUUGCUGUUUGCGACAUUUAA